AUGACACAGCUACUCGCUGACAAAUUCGGUGUCGUUAGAAAAGAAGUUAAAGACGAGCUGGACCUAAUUGAUCCGAAAAACUUGGAUUGCUUAGAGUAUAAGAUUGACAAGUUGGAAAAUGACAGGGUCCGUCGUGAUUUGAACCGACAACUACGUCAACAGCGGAACCACUUCAAAUCGGUCACUUACGACUGUAACACCGACAUUGACAACCUUAAAAAUAAAGUUGGAGACGCAGCGUUAAAUAUAGAAAUCUGCGACCGGUACGUCCAAAAUUGGCAGAAUGCGCGCACUGAGCAGCACACGCAGAAAAUAUACGAUAAAGAAGCGCCUUCGACACAAGUCAUCGAAUUCUACAAGCAAAAGGUUGACCAAGAACAAAGAGUGCACACAGAAGUGGAACUACUCAUUAGCAUUCUUAUAAAUGAAACGUUGGAUAAAGUUGAACACUGGAUGGCCAAGUAUGAAAAAGAUAUGGAAGCAAUGGAUUUAAAGAUUCAACUUAAAAAGAACGACUGGGAGAAUACAGAGGAACGUCGGAUACAGCUCGAAGAAAAGCUCAAGAAACAUGGUGAAGAAAUAGAGAACUGGGUGAGCUUCAAGGACAAACGCGAAGCAGACCGCCUGUAUCGGGAGAACAUGAACAAAUCAGCGUGCAUGAUACAAGCUUGGUGGCGCGGGCUGCUCGUGCGGUUCGAACUGGGCCCCUACAAACCAGUCAAGAAGCGGCCGACGCAAGAAAAGGACAAGAAGAAGAAGAAGUAA